AGUGGCAGCAUUAUUUUUGUUCAGUGGACUGCCAUCCUGUCCACUGCCCCUCACCCUGCUGCUUUGCCCAGAUCUGGACUUGCUUAAUCUACUUUUGGAAUAGCACACUCUUUCUCUUAUUGUCAACUAUUUUGGAUUGGUACAUUCUUAAUCGUGAGCUGGUUAAGUAAAGAACAGUCAACAUAUAAGUUGGCGGAGUGGCCCUCAGGAUGUCAGGAUCAGUACAAGUGACGCAGAAGCUGCAGCAUCAGCAUCAACAGCAGCAGCAGCAGCAGCAGCAUCACUAUGAGAGCAGCUGUCACCUAAGCACCAAGUCGUCUGUUAGCAAGCAGUCGUUCUCCACUUACAAGACCUCCAGCCGUCGACUGCAGACCACUGUGAAGACAGAGAAGGGGAAGGAGGUGGUUAAACUGAGCCCGCUACCCAAGAGAGCCAAACGCACCUACCUGGCGAUGGACACAGAUAAGGAAGUUAUCGGCUAUGUCAUUCCCGUAUUUAGAGCCAGUCAUGAUGUUGUCCGCGGUCUGACGGAGGCCCAGGAGGAGAAUGUUACUGAGGAGGGGAUUAACUAUGUGGCCAUGAGGAACCUGUUUGUCAGGGAGGCCAGGGAGGCUAUGGAGGUUAAAGUGGAGAAGAGAACAAGAACAACUCAUAUCAGGGAAUCUGCCGAACGCAUGGAACUAUGCAAGACGAUGGAGGAGUGGGCAGAGUUCCGUAAGAAAAUGAACCCAGACAGCCUGACACACCGUCCAGAGUUUAUCGUCAAGCCCCGUGGACAGACUGUCUGGGAGGGCAAGACUGUCAAGCUGCACUGCACAGUGGCUGGAUGGCCUAAACCCAGGAUUGCCUGGUACAAAAACAAUGUGCUCAUUGAUGCCAAGGCUCACCCCGAGAAGUACGCAGUCGAGAGCAAUUACAACAUGCACUCCCUGGAGAUCAAGAACUGUGAUUUCAUCGACACUGCUCAGUAUCAUGUCUCUGCCCUCAACGUGAAAGGGGAAGUUUCCUCUGUGGCUACUAUUGUUGUCAAAAGGUUCCAGGAGGGCAAGGAAGCAGGCCCACUCGAUCCUAAACCACAUGGUUUCUGCGCUGAGCAUGGUGUCACUUUUGAAACAACCAUCAUUGACAAAUUUGAAGUGGCUUUUGGCCGUGAAGGCGAGACAUUGAGUCUGGGCUGCACUGUCAUUGUUUAUCCCACCGUGAAAAAAUACCAGCCUGAAGUCGUCUGGUACAGAAACUCUGUCCCCUUGAAGCCCUCUAAAUGGGUGCACACACACUGGUCUGGGGAGCGUGCCACAUUAACACUUGUCCACCUCAACAAGGAAGAUGAGGGCAUGUACACCCUGCGCGUCAACACCAAAUCCGGCUUUGACACCUACUCUGCUUAUGUGUUUGUCAGAGAUGCCGAUGUGGAGGUGGAGGGGGUUCCCGUGGCCCCCCUGGAUGUGCGCUGUCAUGAUGCCAACAAGGACUAUGUGGUGGUGACCUGGAAGCAGCCAGCGGUGGAGGGCAGCAGCUCCAUUCUGGGAUACUACAUUGACAGGUGUGAGGUGGGCACUAACCACUGGGCUCAGUGUAAUGACGCCCCAGUGAAGUAUGCGCGCUUCCCUGUCACAGGACUGGUUGAGGGGCGUUCUUACAUCUUUAGGGUGCGGGCCUUGAACAAGGAAGGAGUCAGCCGUCCGUCCCGUGUCUCCGAGGCCGUGGUUGCCAUGGAUCCCUCCGACAGAGCCCGUCUACGAGCUGGCCCCUCAGCUCCUUUUACUGGGAUGAUCAAGUUCACAGAGGAGGAUCCCACUGUGGGUGUUGUCCCCGGAGAACCCAGUGAUGUUGUGGUUACCGAGGCAACCAAGAGCUACGUGGUGCUCGCCUGGAAGCCUCCAGUUCAAAGGGGUCAUGAAGGAGUCAUGUAUUACAUUGAGAAGUGUAUUUUAGGGACAGACAUCUGGCAGAGGGUGAACACUGGUAUGCCAGUCAAGUCUCCCCGCUUUGCCCUGUUUGACCUGGCAGAGGGGAAAUCCUACAGCUUCCGUGUGCGCUGCUGCAACUCCGCUGGCGUGGGCGAAGCCUCUGUAUCCACAGGAGAGAUCACGGUCGGAGAUAAACUGGACCUGCCCUCAGCUCCAGGCAAUCCAGUGGCCACCAGGAACACUGACACCUCAGUGGUGGUCACCUGGGGGGCCUCUCAGGUCAAACACCUGGUCGGCUACUAUAUUGAAUAUACCGUGGUGGGCACUGAUAAGUGGAUUCCUUGUAACAACAAACCUGUCAAGCAGACCAGGUUUGUGUGCCACGGCCUGACUACCGGAACAAACUGCGUGUUUAGGGUCAAGGCAGUCAACGCUGCAGGUUACAGCCAGAGCUCCCCCGAUUCUGAUGCUGUGGUUGUGCAGGCUGCCAUCUCCGUCCCUGGAAAGCCCACCGGUAUGAGUCUGGUGGAGGCUGUAAAGGACUACAUGGUGCUGGCCUGGACUGCGCCUGCUAGCACUGGAGGAGCCGAUAUCAGGGGAUAUUUUGUGGACUACAGGACUGUGAAGGGAGACGUUGUUGGAAAAUGGCAUGAAAUGAACCACAAGGCUUUGACUACUACCUCCUAUAAAGCUGAAAACCUGAAGGAGAACGUCUUCUACCAGUUCCAGGUGCGCGCUAUGAACAUGGCCGGCGUGAGUAAAGCCUCUCUGGCCAGUGCAGCUCUGGAGUGCAAGGAGUGGACCAUUACUGUGGCAGGGGCUCCUGUUGGUCUUCAUGUGCUGGAGGUCCGUGACACCUCUGUCGUGGUCCUGUGGGAGCCACCUGCAUUUAAUGGCCGCACUCCUGUCAAUGGCUACUAUUUGGAUGUCAAGAAGACCUCUGCUGGAGAGGAAGGCUGGAAGGCUGCUCAUGAGAAGGCCAACAAGAUGAAAUACAUGAAGGUGACAGGGCUGAAGGCUGGUACAUCCUACGUCUUCCGUGUACGUGCUCAAAAUCUUGCUGGAGUUGGAAAGCCCUCAGCAGUCUUAGGUCCAAUCCUGGCCCAGACUCACCCUGGCACCAAAGAGAUUUAUGUGGAUGUCGAUGAUGAUGGUGUGAUCUCUAUGAUCUUUGAGUGCUCUGAAAUGAAGGAGGGCUCUGAGUUUGUUUGGUCCAAGAAUUACCAGACUAUAACAGACACCUCUCGCUUGACUAUUAUCACUGAGCAGGGCAAGUCCAGAGCUAUCUUCAACAGUCCCUCCCUGGAGGAUCUGGGCAUAUUCUCCUGUGUGGUCACCAACACUGAAGGCAUCUCCUCCAGCUACACACUUACUGAGGAGGGUCUCAAGCGUCUUCUGGACAUCAGCCAUGACCACAAGUUCCCUGUUAUUCCCUUUAAGAGUGAAAUGGCCAUGGACUUGCUCGAGAAGGGUCGCGUGCGAUUCUGGACUCAGGUGGAGAAAUGCACUUCUGCCUGCCAAGUGGAGUAUGCCUUUAAUGAUGUCAUCAUUACUGAGGGACAGAAAUACACAAUGAACUUUGACAAGUCCACUGGCAUCAUUGAAAUGUUCAUGGACUCUCUGGAGGUCACAGAUGAGGGAACGUUCACCUUUAACCUGGUGGAUGGCAAGGCUAAGGGUACCACCAGUCUGGUGCUCAUUGGAGAUGAGUUCAGGGAGCUUCAAAAGAAAUCUGAAUUUGAAAGGGCAGAAUGGGUCAGGAAACAAGGUCCUCACUUUGUCGAGUAUCUCGGCUUCACUGUUACUCCAGAAUGUAAUGUGCUGUUGAAAUGCAAGAUAGGAAAUGUCAGACCAGAGACUGAGAUCACCUGGUCUAAGGACAGCAUUGAAAUUGCAGAGGAUGAUGAGGACGCUCAGAAAAUUGAGAGAAAGGACGGGGAUCUGACCUUUAAUAUCGGAAAGUGGGUUAUUAAGCAGGAGAAACCGAAAGAAAAAGGAAAAAAGCCAACUGCAGAGGACGUUCCCCCACCACCAAGACCCAAAAUCUCCAAGGCAGAUGCAGGUAUUUACGGGGUCAUCCUGAGGGACGACAGAGGCAAAGAUAAGAGUACCUUCAAUCUGACAGAUGCAGGAUACCAAGCUGUAAUGAAUGAGCUGUUCAGGGUUAUUGCCAACUCCUCCUCUGAAAUCACAGUCGUCAGUACUGAACAUGGCAUCAUCCUCUCCUCUAUGGUCACAUAUUACAAUGAGGAACUGCGUGUUGGUUGGCUCCAAAAAGAUGCUAAGAUUGCCGCCUCCGAGAGAGUUAAGUCUGGAGUCACAGGAGAGCAGCUUUGGCUUAAAAUCAAUGAGCCCACUGAGAAGGACAAGGGCAAAUACACCAUGGACAUCUUUGAUGGCAAGGACGGUGUAAAGAGAGUCUUUGAUCUGAGUGGCAAGGCAUGGGAAGAGGCAUUUGAAGAAUUCCAAAGGCUCAAGGCGGCAGCAAUCGCAGAGAGAAAUCGCGCUCGUGUUGUUGGAGGCUUGCCAGAUGUGGUUGCGAUCCAAGAGGGCAAGUCCCUGAACCUGACUGGCAAUGUCUGGGGCGAGCCGGUACCUGAGGUCAGCUGGACGAAGAACGAUAGAGAGCUGGUAUCUGACGAGCGCUACAAACUCAAGUUCGAGCACGGCAAGUUUGCCAGCAUCACAAUCGCCGCUGUCACCACGGCUGACUCAGGCAAAUACGCCCUCCUGGUCAAGAACAAGUACGGCACAGAAGCUGGCGAGUUCACCGUCAGCGUCUACAACCCAGAAGAGGAGGAGAACAAGGAGGAGAAGAAAGGCUAAAGGAUGAUGAAGUGUAAUGAAAUAAAGCAGAAAAGAUGAACGACUGGGCUAUCUCCGAAGCAUUUUACCCCCGGCACAUGCCGGUGCACUUAGCAGUUUAAAUAAAUGAUUAAUACAGCUGCUUCCUCCUGUGUCUUUAUGUGCUGGGCUAAAGAGCUUUGGGCAUUGCUUGUUGAGGAAGCAAACAAUGAAUGUGGUAGAGAGGAUAAUUGUGUGCUUGUAGUUGCAUGUUACAUGUGAAGUUUAAUCAUGGGAGGUGGUUGAUCUGUCAUUAAUCUUUGUUUUAGCAAUGAAAGCCAGCAAGAUUAAGGUUUUAUCUUUUUUUUUUUUUAACUAUUCUCACAUUUGGAAAACCUUGAACCUGUGAAACCAAGUUAUGCCUGAGGUUUAUUCACUGUAAAAAGAAAUAAAGGGAAAAAAAACCUGAUGUAAUGGCUUUC